GUGUGCAUGUGAUCUGUCAGGAAAGUCCGGUUUGUUUUUUGCAUAAUGUGGUUACCUGCCUGCUGCCUGGGAGGAGUUUAAGUGUUAAAAUCACCACUUCCUUGUGACACACAGACAUUUGAAAGGUCUCAUCGUUCAGUGAACAAUCCAAUAAGGACGCAGCUGAAACGAACAAGGAUUUUAAGGAUGGCUCUGAGUAACUCUGAUGCCACUGGACCGGAUGGGAAAAACGAGCUGUUUCUCAUGCGGGCGAUAAAGAUCACAUUUGUAGUGGCUUUGUACUGGUUUGUGUCCAUCACCAUGGUUUUCCUCAACAACUACCUUCUGGACAGUAAAGAUCUGGACGCCCCUCUGUUUGUCACGUUUUUCCAGUGUGUGGUGAGUGUUGGACUCUGCUGCAUCAUGAGCUUGUUGUCCUCAUUAAAGCCGGGAUAUGUGGAAUUCCCCUCCAUUAAAGUGGACAUGAAGGUGUCUAUGCAGAUUUUACCCCUUUCUGUGGUGUUCAUCGCCAUGAUCACCUUUAAUAACUUGUGCCUGAAGCACGUCGGAGUCGCUUUCUACACAGUGGGCAGAUCUCUGAGCACGGUGUUUAACGUCCUGCUCAGUUACAUCAUUCUCAAGCAGACCACGUCGCUAUACGCGCUGAUGUGUUGUGGCGUCAUUUUGGGUGGAUUUUGGCUCGGUGUGGAUCAGGAAGACGCCGCUGGCUCUCUCUCCUGGACCGGGGUGAUAUUCGGGGUCCUAGCUAGUGCCUUUGUUUCUUUAAAUGCCAUUUACACCAAGAAAGUGAUGCCUGUGGUGGAUGGAAGCAUCUGGAAGCUGUCCUACUAUAACAACCUGAACGCGUGUGUGCUCUUCAUCCCUCUCAUCCUUGCUUUCGGAGAGAUUCCAAACGUCAUUGAGUUCAGCCGUGCCUCCGACGUGCAUUUCUGGGGCAUGAUGGUCCUCGGGGGUUUAUUCGGCUUUGCCAUUGGCUACGUGACGGGAAUGCAGAUUAAAUUCACCAGUCCUCUGACGCAUAACGUGUCUGGGACGGCGAAGGCAUGCGCUCAGACCGUCAUUGCUGUUGCGCUCGAGCACUCUCACAAGAGCAUUCUGUGGUGGAGCAGCAACAUGAUGGUCCUGGGUGGAUCGUUUGCCUACACCUGGGUCAAAGGACUGGAGAUGAAGAAAGGUAGCACAGUUCAGGACACUCCAGCUACAGGAGAGAAACCUAAAGCUGACGCAGGUGUAUGAAGAAUGAAAAGGGAUUUUUUUUUUUAAUGGUACACUGGACUAAAGGACAGGUAUAGAACAAAUGAAUAUAAAUUAUUUCUGUAUAAUAUGACAUAUUUUUUUUUGAUAAGUUUUAAGCAGGUAAACAUUUGAAUAAAAUAAAGGGUCACUGUAAAGAAUCGCUUUAUACCCGUUACAUUUUCUUCAGCGCACAUCAACAACACGACUCUUAAACCUGGCGAGCUGAGAUGACGCUUGAACACGUACCCACCACUGAAUGAUCCCGAGGCGUAUAGAAAUCACUAAGAAGGCUGUCAAUCAUGGCUUUCACCAGCCUGUGUGAUCAAACUCUUGGAUUUUCCUUUUUUUUUUUUCCUAGUACAUGUUAAAAUUACACAAGUAAGUAAGGAUUUGUACACAUCAUUCCAUGAUUGCUGGAACAAGUUCUUUACAAAUGUUUGAUUUUGUGCAAUCUUGUACAAAUUAUUUUAGCUUCAUCUCCACACACUGAUUUGUGAUCUUACUUUUUGGAUUUAAACUAAAUCCCUUUUUAAUAAGUGUAUUAUAACUGCACAACCGAUGAUGGUUUUUAUAAACCCCUGAAGCCUUGACCAGCCUGGAAAAGAGCUAAUUCAGCGGUUACAUUUCAGAAUAUCACCAUUUCUGCCUUACAUUCCCAGUAAGACUACAGUGUUGAGUUUUUAGGGUAUCGGAUAUUGUUUUGUGAUUAUACAGAAGUCUCUGGACAGUGAGAGGAAAAAAUCCUCUGUGAAUAAAUCAAGACUAACUGGCAGCGAACUCGUACCAGCGCACUGUAAUAUCGGUGCACAAGGUGCUCGUAUGUGUAAAGUACUUAUUGUGUGUGUGAUGUUUGAAUUAUUUUCCUUAUUUGGGUUUUCUCUGUAUCACCUGCUCUGUAUGUAGGGAUAUGAUGUGGUUACGUGUGUAUGUUUACAUGAAUGACAUUUUUCUUUUCGAAUCACGUGUAAGGUAGAUGCUGUGUUUGUUCCGUUAUGAAUGAAGACACUAUUGGAAGAGAUUCUGUAAUUAAACAUGAGUCCACAAUUUGA